GGAGCACGCUGUAGCGCGGCUCAGACCGUAACUCACGGUGGCUUAGAGCAACACGCAGUUGGCUAAGUGACGUCCACAUUGCUUUCCACUUUACGACCGAUCUUGUUACUUUACGUGGCCGGUGUUCGACGACAGGAGCAAUAUGUGCGGAAUUUUCGCGUACCUCAACUAUUUGACGCCGAAGAGCAGAAAGGAAAUUCUCGAAUUGCUAGUUGGUGGAUUAAAACGACUGGAGUAUCGAGGCUAUGACUCGGCAGGUGUCGCCCUUGACAGCGCCGAUGGCAAGGAUAUCUCGAUUAUUAAAAAGCAAGGGAAGGUCAAGGCGCUCGAAGAAGAGAUCUUUUAUCAUACCAAUAUCGACUUUGAAUCGAAGGUGUACAGCCACGUGGGUAUCGCACACACUCGUUGGGCGACUCACGGUGUUCCAUCUGAAGUGAAUUCGCACCCUCAGCGGUCCGACAGCGAACACGCCUUCGUUGUGGUGCACAAUGGUAUCGUGACAAACUACAAGGAAGUGAAGACGUUGCUUCAGCAAAGAGGCUACAGCUUCGAGAGUGAAACCGACACGGAAGUAAUUGCCAAGCUGAUCCAUCAUCUCUGGGUACAACAUCCGGCUUACUCGUUCCGCGAGCUGGUCGAGCAAGUUGUUCAACAACUGGAAGGUGCGUUUGCACUGUGCUUCAAGAGCAAGUAUUUCCCGGCUGAAUGCGUGGCGACGAGAAGAGGAUCACCGUUGCUCGUCGGUAUUAAGACAAAAACAAGAUUGGCCACCGAUCACGUGCCCAUCCUGUACGGAAAAGAUCAUCGUCCACAUGGUCGUACUGAGCUUCCAGUUAUGCCACGCAGCGAGAGUACUUCCGAGUUUCAGCCAUUGGAGGACAAAGAAGUGGAAUAUUUCUUCGCUUCUGACGCGAGUUCUGUGAUCGAACAUACGAAUCGUGUAAUAUUUUUGGAGGACGAUGACGUAGCUGCGGUGAAAGAGGGUGCUCUCAGCAUCCAUCGCCUUCGCCGAUGCAUGGACGAUCCCCAUGCAAGAGAAAUCACAACUCUGAAGAUGGAGAUCCAAGAGAUCAUGAAGGGUAACUACGAAUAUUUCAUGCAGAAGGAGAUCUUUGAGCAGCCUGAGUCCGUGGUGAAUACUAUGAGAGGUCGUUUGAACUUCAGAGACAACUCUGUUACGUUGGGAGGUAUCAAGGAUUACAUUCCGGAGAUCAAGAGGUGUAGACGCUUGAUGCUCAUUGGUUGUGGAACGAGCUACCACUCUGCCAUUGCUACCAGACAACUUUUGGAAGAAUUAACCGAGCUGCCAGUUAUGGUCGAAUUGGCUUCUGAUUUCUUGGACAGGAACACGCCAGUGUUUAGAGAUGACGUUUGUUUCUUCAUCUCACAGUCUGGUAAGAUACAUUUGACUUUUCGAUUGAUUUGUGUAUGUGAAAUUUAUGAUUGUUGUUUUAUUAUUUGCUUCGUAGGUGAGACAGCAGACACGUUGAUGGCUUUGCGUUAUUGCAAAGGACGUGGAGCUCUGAUCGUUGGCAUCACCAACACGGUGGGAAGUAGUAUCUGUCGUGAAUCACAUUGUGGUGUUCACAUAAACGCCGGUCCGGAGAUUGGUGUCGCGAGUACCAAGGCUUACACCUCCCAGUUCAUUUCUCUCGUUAUGUUUGCUUUGGUUAUGAGCGAGGACAGAAUCUCUCUUGGUAGUCGACGUCAAGAGAUUAUCGAAGGACUGAAGAAUCUGGAUAAUCUCAUUCGCCAAGUUCUUCAACUUGACGACAAAGUCAAAGAACUGGCCAAGUCUCUAUUUCAACAUAAAUCGCUGUUGAUCAUGGGUAGAGGCUAUAACUUCGCUACGUGUAUGGAAGGAGCUCUGAAAGUUAAAGAAUUGACGUAUAUGCAUAGCGAAGGUAUUAUGGCAGGUGAAUUGAAACACGGCCCACUGGCGCUCGUUGAUGAUUCAAUGCCAGUGAUAAUGAUCGUCAUGAGGGAUCCAGUCUACGUGAAAUGCAUGAACGCUCUACAACAGGUUACAGCAAGAGACGGCAAGCCGAUCGUUAUCUGCGAGGAAGGGGACGAAGAAACGAAAAUGUUUGCAGACCGAGUUCUUGAAGUGCCUAAAACAGUAGAUUGCCUUCAAGGAAUCCUCACAGUCAUUCCAAUGCAACUUCUAUCUUUCCAUAUCGCGGUUCUUCGCGGGUGUAACGUCGAUUGUCCGAGAAAUCUGGCGAAAUCGGUCACGGUCGAAUAAAACGUCAACAACAAUCAUCAGGAACGCAUUUAUCCAAACGCAGUUGUUCAUUUGAAACUCCGACGACUUACUGUGAGAAGAUGUCUUUAUUAUAACUACUGCGAAUAUAUAUAUAUAGCAGGGACACAGGAAGAAACAAUUUUCAAAAUACGCCGUGAUAUUCUCGUGAUAACAUGAAAAUUAUCAUCGACUAUAUUUAAUACGUUUCUAAGUACUUAGUAAUUAUAGGGCUCGUGUUACAGUAUGAGUAGAAUAGAUGCAGUUUCUUAUGUACGCUCGAGAGCGUGUUUAGCAAGUAUGUAUUUAGAAACUAUUUAGAUUAGCCAUUUGGACCAUCGUUAAUCUAUAUAUUUAAUCUUACAGUUUACUUUAGAGAAAGAAACUCAACGAAGACGUUCCUUACGUGGAAUUACAUUAAACAAGCUCCCAAUGAUUCCAUGUGCAUUUAACGGUUGUACGUAUUCAUAUCAAUUGAUAAGAAACGAGUGGAAGAGAACGCAACGCUUUUCAGAUCGUAGAUCAAUUGUGAUUUUAUCUCUUUAUGAUCAAGUAUAAGAUUAAGACUGCGAUAGAAAGAAAAAAAAGAAAAACUGUAUCGUGAGCUCCAUGAUAUUUACAUGUGAUUGCUCUAGAAAGUGUUCCCAUGCGUGUGGGAUGUGUGUAUCUCGUAGAUCUCAAUCGAGAUAGAAAAAAGCAACCGUAAUGGAUAUAGAAGAUUAGAUAAUCAUCAGAAACGCAAGCAAUUUAUGAAUACGAUGACCUCCAUGGUUAUCGCUUCAUGGUGUUUAUUGUAUACUUUCAGAAAUUUGUAUUUUGUACAGUAUUUAAAAGAGAUAUUGGAAAUUUGAUACUCUCUCUUCAAGUUUUGCUAUGAAAGAUAUAUUGACAACUUAUAUGCGCGAAUUUUGUUACCGAUGUGAUAUAUACAUAUGCACGUUCAAGUUGAAACAAAAUUGUUGUAUAAAGACGGACUUUACUAAAUGAUAAUUUUUGAGAUUUAUAGGGUAGUCUUAUAUUUUUGCUGUUGAAAGUUUUCCAUUUGUCGGACUCGGUAUAAUCAAGGAAUAAAUUUUUAUAUGGAUUAGUCGAGGUGUUGGAGACGCGAACGUUUAUAAUUUUGCCUAUAAAGUCGUAUGUAAUAUCUUCCGCAAUAUAUCUAGCGAUAAAUAAACUUUUAGAAAAUAUAAAUACAAAUAUAU